UGGGCGGGCAUUCGGGGAGGGCCCCGAGGCGAGCUCUACCCGGAUGAGGAACAAAGCGGAAGGGCAGGCGCGCGCGCCCCCCGCGCGGCCGCCAGGUUGGGCAGCCCCCCUCCCGAAACUUCUGGAGGAAGGGCCCCGGGUGACCCCCGGCAUGCCCCACCCCGAAACCGGGUGCGUGGCCGCCGGCCCUCGGAGGACGUUGGGUGGCCCCGGAAGAUCCCGGGGGCGUGUGGCCGCGUUCGUACAGCAGUUGUAAGCCAGAUGCGGGAGCAGGUGACGCUAGAAAGCAGACCUUGGUGCAAGUUCCUUGAUGCCAGUUUCUCGCCGCCGGUGUAUUCUUUUCUCUGCCACUUGACCCCAAGCGGAUGCAUCACAGGAUGAAUGAAAUGAACCUGAGCCCAGUGGGGAUGGAGCAACUGGCUUCAUCCUCGGUGAGCAAUGCCUUGCCAGUCUCAGGAAGUCACCUGGGGUUGGCUGCCUCACCCACUCACAGUGCCAUCUCUGCCCCAGGCCUGCCAGUGGCAAUUCCAAACCUCGGUCCGUCCCUAAGCUCUCUGCCUUCUGCUUUGUCUCUGAUGCUCCCAAUGGGUAUUGGGGAUCGAGGGGUGAUGUGUGGGUUACCUGAAAGAAACUAUACCCUACCUCCACCACCUUACCCUCACCUGGAGAGUAGUUACUUCAGAACCAUUCUACCUGGUAUUUUAUCUUAUUUAGCUGACAGACCACCUCCACAGUAUAUCCACCCCAACUCUAUAAAUGUUGAUGGUAAUACAGCGUUACCUAUCACCAAUAAUCCUUCAGCGCUAGAUCCCUAUCAGUCCAAUGGAAAUGUUGGAUUAGAACCAGGCAUUGUUUCAAUGGACUCUCGCUCUGUGAAUACACAUGGUGCCCAAAGUCUUCAUCCCAGUGAUGGCACAUUGGACACAACAAUCACUAUGGAGAAUGUUUCUAGGGUUACCAGCCCAAUCUCCACAGAUGGGAUGGCAGAGGAGCUUGCGAUGGAUGGUGUUACAGGCGAGCAUUCCCAAAUUCCAAAUGGCUCCAGAAGUCAUGAAUCUCUGUCUGUGGAUUCUGUGAGCAACAGCCUUGCAGCAGACACUGUAGGACAUGGUGGUGUGAUACCCAUUCAUGGGAAUGGCCUGGAGCUCCCUGUGGUCAUGGAGACAGACCACAUUGCAAAUCGGGUCAACGGGAUGUCUGAUAGUGCCCUCAGUGACUCCAUCCACACUGUGGCCAUGAGCACCAACUCUGUAAGCGUGGCACUCUCUACCUCACACAACCUCGCCUCCCUAGAAUCUGUUUCUCUCCAUGAAGUCGGCCUCAGCCUAGAACCUGUAGCUGUCUCCUCCAUCACCCAGGAGGUUGCUAUGGGGACAGGUCAUGUAGAUGUGUCUUCAGACAGUCUUUCUUUUGUACCACCUUCACUGCAAAUGGAAGACUCCAAUUCAAACAAGGAAAAUAUGGCAACCUUGUUUACAAUUUGGUGUACCCUCUGUGACCGAGCCUAUCCCUCAGACUGCCCUGAUCAUGGACCAGUGACUUUUGUUCCUGACACUCCAAUAGAGAGCAGAGCGAGGCUUUCUCUCCCAAAGCAGCUUGUACUCCGCCAGUCCAUUGUGGGAGCAGAACUUGGUGUGUGGGCUGGAGAAACCAUUCCUGUGCGGACUUGCUUUGGGCCUCUCAUCGGCCAACAGAGUCACUCCAUGGAAGUAGCAGAUUGGACAGACAAGGCAGUUAACCAUAUCUGGAAGAUUUACCACAGUGGUGUCCUAGAGUUCUGCAUCAUUACAGCUGAUGAAAAUGAAUGUAAUUGGAUGAUGUUUGUGCGUAAAGCCAGGAACCGGGAAGAGCAGAAUUUGGUGGCUUAUCCCCAUGAUGGGAAAAUCUACUUCUGUACUUCACAAGAUAUCCCUCCUGAAAAUGAACUGCUUUUUUAUUAUAGCCGGGAUUAUGCUCAGCAGAUUGGUGUUCCUGAACACCCAGAUGUGCACCUCUGUAACUGUGGCAAGGAGUGCAGUUCCUAUACAGAGUUUAAAGCCCACCUGACCAGCCACAUCCAUAACCAUCUUCCUAGCCAGGGCCACGGCGGCAGCCAUGGGCCAAGCCACAGCAAAGAAAGGAAGUGGAAGUGCUCAAUGUGCCCCCAAGCUUUUAUCUCUCCUUCCAAACUUCAUGUCCACUUUAUGGGUCACAUGGGCAUGAAGCCCCACAAGUGUGACUUCUGUAGCAAGGCUUUCAGUGACCCCAGCAACCUGCGGACUCACCUCAAGAUACAUACUGGUCAGAAGAACUACAGAUGCAGUUUGUGUGACAAGUCUUUCACCCAGAAGGCUCAUUUGGAGUCCCACAUGGUUAUCCACACGGGUGAGAAGAAUCUAAAGUGUGAUUUCUGUGACAAGCUUUUUAUGCGGAGGCAGGACCUCAAGCAGCAUGUGCUCAUCCACACACAAGAACGUCAGAUCAAGUGUCCCAAGUGUGAUAAGCUGUUCUUGAGAACCAAUCACUUAAAGAAGCAUCUCAAUUCUCAUGAAGGAAAACGGGAUUAUGUCUGUGAAAAAUGUACCAAGGCUUAUCUAACCAAGUACCAUCUCACUCGCCACCUGAAAACCUGCAAAGGGCCCAUCUCCAGUUCAUCAGCUCAGGAGGAGGAGGAGGAAGAGGACUCAGAGGAGGAAGAAUUAGUAGACUCUCUGGGGACAGAGGACUGUAGAAUUAACAGUGCUGUGUAUUCAGCCGAGGAGUCUCUCUCUGCACAUAAAUAAGAGGAAGAGAAAAACUAUUUUGGAUGGAAAAUGCAAAAGUAGAAAACACGUAUAACCGGUUAUCCACUACAAUGGUUUUUAUAUAAAAUGGUUGCUUAUUUCCUUCCAUCCAGUAGUCAAAACAGACUAAAUGGAAUGGAUAAAGCACUUAUAGAGAAAGUAUCCUAAUGAAAACACUUAAACAAAUGGAGGAAAGAGAGCAUGUUUCCUAGUUUUAAGUGAUGUUUGGUGAGGAGAGUGUCAACUUUUGAGGUCUGUUCCUACUUGCAUGAUAGUCUGGGAGAUGAAUUUAUACCUGAGUCAAAGCUGCCUUCUAUCAAAACAAGUAAAUCAGAUUUAUUUUGAGUUCCUGCAUUACGCUGUUCUCCUCUCAGCCUUAUGAUUUAAUGCUGUAACUUGGUCCCUGCCUCACAGCCAUCCCACUUGCUGAUUGUGCUCGGGGUGUUAAUAUUAUUUUAUGCGGAGUACUGUAACAUAUUCAUGACAGAAUGGAUUGGAACACAGCAGUGUAAGUUUCUUCCUUUGACUGCAGCUGACAAGUUACAAGCAGUUCCUGUUUCAGCCUCUCAUGGCUACCUAGCUUGACAACAGUUCAUUCCGACACCAGAGCUCAUCUGGGUUUUAGGGUAGAUCUUGCUUCCCAGAUUUCCAGCAGGCACGUAGAAGGCAAAUCAAAAAAGAGCAGCCAGGCAUCGGGCAGUGAUAGGAGAAAAGGAGAGACACCUGGCCUACUACCCAAGAAACUAGCUUUGAAGGAAUCGAGUGAGUUAUUUGUUUAUUGUUACUUGGAAAAUUUUAUAGGUUUAGACAUGUCUUUGUCUCCAAUAAAACCCCCAACCACUCAGACAAAAAGGACCUGGAGUUAGCUGUACAGAGCCCAAAUAAUGCCUAAUGGAUUAUCUCCUAACAACAGACAGGUGUAUGCCAGUCCACGACAAAGCAGCACCCCAGGCCAUAGAAGGGAAGAGAACAGUCUAAUAUUUUUUUUGGCUUAACCUAUGAAAACCAUUGAAAAUGUUGCCCACUUUUAGGACAACAGAUGACUUUGGACACAUUGGUGCAUUUGCAAGGUUUGCAAGGUUUGCAAGGUUGCAAGGUUGUCUCUACAAUGGUGGAUCUCACCAAUUAAGUAUGAUGGGUGCCAAAUAAUUUAGAAGGUUAAGGCUUAAUAGGUUACCACCUGGGCCUUUUUCAGGGUUCUAGUUAAUUCAUCCACCCACCUGGUCGUUGUGUCUCUUGUGCAUAUCCCACUUUCAGCAAGAAGCAGACACAUCCUCAAGUUGGCAGGGCUGAUGGAACAGCUCCCUGCUCUAAGGCACAACCUCUGGGCAGGAGCAGAGAGGACUCUGGUGGGAAGGUUUUGCUGCUAAUGUAUUUAUGAAAUGAAUGUAUUUCAUUCAAAUCUGUAUUCCUCUAAGAAGGAUUAAAAUAAAAACUUUUUAAAAUA